AUGUGGCUUCUUGAGAAUGAAGGCGAUGUCUUCCAGGGCCGUCAGAUAUGGCUGCGGCCAGGAAAGAAGUACCUUCUGGGUCGUGGUAAAGGAGAUAGUAACAAUGAAGCUGGCGAUACAAUAAUUGUUGCGGACAAGACUAUCUCAAGAAAACAUGCCACUAUCCAAAUUGAUGCAGUUCCUGAAGGCCAUGGUGAACUUCGGGCCAGUAGGUCCAAGGUUACCAUUGAGGAUCUCAAGACCAAAAUCGGGACCGUGGUCAAUGGUAAGCAGAUCAAGGGACAAACCUUUGCUCUGUCGGAAGCCUCCAACUCUUUCAAGCUGGGCCACUUUGCCAAGAUGUUCCGGCUGAAUUGGAAACCAGUGGUCCUGACCUUCAACUUCAGUAGUCGUGAGGAGCGGGCGGACCCCUGGUCCAAGCUAAGGGAAAGCCUGGAACAGUUAGACAUCAAAUUCAUAUCCGAAUUUGAUGUGCAGUACACGACCCAUGUCGUUCACAAAAAGCGCAAUACCCCACGCGGUCUACAGGCUCUGAUCAAUGGUCGUUACAUCGUCACGGAAUCUUUCAUUGAGCAAAUCCAGGUGGCUACUGCGCCGGGGGAUGAUGGCGCUCCUAGCCUGCUGGAGCAGGAUUUCAGCGCCAACUGGCCCAAUCCCCUAGAGCACCUUCCUCCUCGUGGUGACGAGCCAAGCAUGCGACCAGUGGAAACCUACGAGCCUGAUCCAAGAAGACGGGAAAUUUUUGAAGGUUACACGUUCAUCUUCUAUGACCAGAUCCAGUACGAAAACCUAAUGCCCAUGAUCACGAAUGGAAAGGGCAAAGCCAUGAUACGCGAGGUUACUCCAUUCGAAACGCAGCCAGAUGAUUUCAUUCGCUAUGUCAAAGAAGUGGCCGGAGAGAAGGGUCUGGGCGAGUUUGAGGACGGCAGCGAGGGGAGAGGUGUGGUUGUCGUCCGCUUCGCACCGAAAAAGGAGGGCGAUUUGCGUACGUGGUUUUGGAACUUUGGCACCGAGGUGAUGAAGCGACUAGACCACCGCAUGAUCGAGGCGAGUGAGUUCCUGGACGCCAUAUUGGCGGUCCAGCCGGGGAUGCUGAGACGGCCGCUUGAGUUCGAACCAACACCUGUCGAGACACCUAUCGAGGCUGCGCCGCCAGCGCGGGCAACACGGACGACAAGGGCCCGAACUGCCCAGACUGCUGCUGCCGAGGCUAACAUGGCGAGCAGGCAGAUUCAGCAGCCGACUGCAGAUGGUGAAGGUGUGCAAGUUGCUGCUGAGACUAGACGGAGUCCAACUCCCCCUCUGCAGAUGACACCACCGAGAGCCACAAGAAGGAAGGGCAGGUUCCGGGGAUUUGACACUAGCGAUGAUGAAGAGAAGCCACCACCCCCUGAACCUGAACCAUCAGCGCCGCAGUCAGUCCCGCAAGAGGAAUAUUCUCAGCCGAUGUUCGUCUCACAAGUCUACGAGUCUCAAGAGCCAAACUCGGCUGACACCACACGUGGUACCCGCUCAACAAGAUUGGGCCGGAAGCGUGCGCAUUCACCGGUCCCCGUUGACGAAGACGAAGAAAUGAUAGACUCUGCGCCGCCUACGACGACAACGAAUAAACGCCGGCGGUUAGAGCCGACGCAGAGUUCAACAUCGAGACUGAGACAAGCAGUAAUGCCCGAAAGCGAUGACGAUGACGAAGAAGCAGCUCCUAUACCCGAAUCGCCCGUUGCAGCUUCAGUACCCGCGCCUGAGCCGGCGGCAGAAAAGCCAACGGUCAAGACUCGCAGGGGCGCCAUCGACACAGAAGUGCUCGACGCUGCAAGGCAGCGCCUGGCCGAGACGGAAGCCAAGGUCAAGAAGGAAGAAGAGCGUUACAAGGUGCCUGAUGACGGCUACACGCUUGAACAGCUGGCCGAAAUUCGUAAGCUCACCUUGGUUGACGAGAUGCCGGUCCUGAACCCGGGAUCAGGCGGUCGCACGCGUGAGCAGGACAUUGCCGAUGGCCGCUGGGACCCGCGCUGGAACGGGAGGCAAAACUUCAAACGAUUCCGCAAAGCUGUACCCGGGGGUGAUAGGACAGGGUCUCGGGCGCCGGCGCAGAGGAUUAUCGUCGGCUACGUCGAGGAGAAGAACAAGGUCUACGGCAUCGGGGAUGAAUAUUGGCUCGAAGACCCUGCCACUUUGGCGCGGAAGAAGUCGCAGAGCCAAGGACAUGGGAGUGCCAGCAGUGCGACUGUGGGCGGGGCAACGACGAGUCCCGUCUCUGCUCAGACGAGUAGUAGACGUGCAGUCAAGGGCCUUGAUAGUAGUGAUGACGAGGACGAGGACGAUUUAAUGGAGAUGGGCAGUAGGCAGGUCGAGCCCGAGGAAGAAGAGGAAGAGGAGCCGGUUCUGCCACGCACGAGGAAGGGCAAGGCGGCUGAGAAGGCCGCCUCUCAGCGUUCGCAAAGGCAGACCAGGCAGACUCAGACGCAAGCCGCGCCUUCGACAGGAAUAUCAACUACGACGCAGUCGCAACGGACUACGAGAGCAGCUUCAGGGAAGCGAGCGGCUACAACAUCGAUAUCAAAUCCACGGCCGGCGAAGAAGGUAGCCCGUGCACAACAAAUUGAGGCUAGUGAUAGCGAUGACGACGAUGAUGAUGGCGGCGGGAGAUUUCGGUUUGGCCGGAGGUAG